UGUUAUGCUACGAAAUCUCCUUACUGCUCUGGUCGUGGAAUCUUGAUAAGGAUAUACCUGUGCUUUCCAGAUACACGUGAUGGAGAGGAGGGGUCUCCGGACUUCAGCCCCACCUUAGUCUUGUUUGUUUUCGGGAGAUUCUAGUUGUAGAACUUUGUUAGAUUAUUCUAGGGCAGAUGGCGACUCCAGCGAAGAAAGGCUUCUACAGACAGGAGAUCCAGAAAACUACCUGGGAUGUACCAGUUCGGUACACUGGCUUGACUCCUGUUGGAUCGGGGGCUUACGGAACGGUCUGUGGAGCCAUAGACCAGAGGACCAAAGAGAAGGUGGCUAUCAAGAAGCUGUAUCGUCCCUUCCAGUCUCUGAUUCACGCCAAGAGAGCCUACCGGGAGCUCCGUCUGCUCAGACACAUCCAGCAUGAGAAUGUAAUCUGUCUGUUGAAUGUUUUCACGCCUGAUUCAUCUCCAGAUACAUUCCAGACGUUUUACAUGGUGAUGCCAUUUGUAGAUCAGGAUCUAAGCCAUAUCAUGAAGAAAGGAAAACUGACUGACAAAAUGAUUUCCUACAUCCUGUACCAGAUACUCCAAGGACUCAAGUAUAUCCAUUCUGCUGGGAUAGUGCACAGGGAUCUGAAGCCCAGUAACUUGGCUGUGAACCAGAACUGUGAACUCAAGAUUCUGGAUUUCGGCUUGGCUCGGCAUGCAGAGAGUGAGAUGACGGGGUACGUGGUGACGCGCUGGUACAGAGCCCCCGAGAUCAUCCUCAACUGGAUGCACUACACCCAGACCGUUGAUAUGUGGUCAGUUGGGUGUAUUCUAGCAGAGCUGAUCACAGGCCACGUCCUGUUUCCUGGAAAAGACUAUUUUGACCAGCUGAAGCUGAUCAUGAAGUUGACAGGAACCCCCCACCCGUCCCUGGUGCAGAAGAUGCAGAGCAAAGAUGCAAAAAGGUACAUACAGGCCCUGCCCCCCCAAGUGAAGAGGAAUUUCAGAGAGGCCUUUCCCAACAUGGACAAGAAAGUGGUGGAUCUACUGGAGAAGAUGCUGGUGCUGGACCCGGACCGGAGGCUGACAGCGAGGGAGGGGCUGUCUCACAGAUACCUGGAGGAGUAUCACGACCCUGAGAGCGAGCCCGACUCCAUGCCCUACGACGACUCCUUUGAGAACCUGGAGCUGCCGGUUGAGGAGUGGAGGAGUCUCAUCCACAUGGAGAUCAUGACCUUUGACCCUGACAACCCAAGACAAACAGCAACAUAGCCUGAGGUAUUCAGAGCAGCUUUUACCUGUUCAUGGAAUAGCUGGGGAAGAACAACACAAACUUGAGAAGAAUAAGCAGUUAACAUCCUGAGGAAACAGAGGCUGCUGGGUAAAGUUCUAAGACAACACUUGCAAUGCUCUGAGACGGAGAAGAGUGGGUCAGUUGGGCAGAAAAAUGAAUUGAGGAACUUUUAUUUUGAUUUGUAUUUUGUUUUUUAUUGCUCACGUCAGUUGCUUUGUAAUGUAGUAUUUUUUACUACACAAUCUUUAGCUGACAUUUACUAGACAGUGAGCUAUUGAUAAACAAAGCAGUAGUGUUUAACUGAGAACCAUAUUUUGCUCUUCAAGUGGUUUUAAAUGUAAUUGUUUGGGAAUAUGUUCUAUAAAACUUGUUUUUAAUUAGACGGAAUUUUAAAUUAACAGUGUAUUCUUUGUCUUAACUUUGGGCCACAAAAAGAUUGUCAUGUACUAUAUGAGACAGCAUACUAUACAUGUACCUUCACCUCUGAAAAAUGAUUAUACCUGACAAUUUUAGUCAUUUCAUUACCUUAUAAACAACGGUAUCAGUUAAUUUAUUAUGGUAUAACAAAAUAACGUAAUGCUUUUUUGCCAUUUGAAUAAUUUAUAAUUCUGAAUAUUCAAAUUUAAGUUUUUUUAAUAAAAACAAGACUGAAACCUUACUGGUUCAUACAUUAUAGUCGCAGACUCUUGUAAAAAUGCAUGUUGUUAAUUUCUUAAUAUAAUUGAUUCAAGAUGUGCUGAUGUACGAUACCAGCGUUGUAAUUGUUGAAGUGUACCUAACAGGUCUACCAAUGUAUCCAUACUGUUUUUUUUAAUCCCCACAACUCACUUAGAAGCCUCUUACAUCCUUUUGAAAUGAAAACUGAGCCAAUUGUCUUUACUGUAUAACCUGCAACCAAAUGAUCUCCUAAAGAACGUUUUUUUAACUUAGUUUCAUUUUCCAAAGUUAUAAAUAUCCAUAGCAUUCUUCAGUUUGUUGUUUGUUCAUUUAACCUACUUUUUUAUAUCUAGUACACGACAAAAGUUAUACACAUAUAUAGUGGUUAAAGAAAAGGGCUUGUAACCAGAAGGUCCCCGGUUCAAAUCCCACCUCAGUCACUGACUCAUUGUGUGACCCAGAGCAAGUCACUUAACCUCCUUGUGCGCCGUCUUUCGGGUGAGAUGUAAUUGUAAGUGACUCUGCAGCUGAUGCAUAGUUCACACACUCUAGUCUCUGUAAGUCGCCUUGGAUAAAGGCGUUUGCUAAAUAAACAAAUAAAAUAAUAAUAAUAUACCAUAGAUGAGUUUAAAUGUAUUUAUUCGAAAUUGAUUCCCCAUUUAUACAUAUUAAGUUUCUAACUUCUUCAGAGCUUUAAACACAUUAUCUUAAAACUGUCAACCGAGACUUAUUAAAAAUAAUAAGUGUUCUAUGAGGUAUUGUAAACCUUGUCUCUCAAGUCACUGUUGUUAACGUCUUCAGUAGUAAAUGUCUGUGGGGUGAGAAAUCAAGAUUCUGUUAGUGGAGUCCAUAGGCCAGGCUAUAAAGGGUUAAAUCUACGACUGUACGGAACACAUAUGUAGUAGAAGGGCCUGUUCCCUUUAAUCGAGACAUUACCAGCAAUGCAGUUGAUUGAGCAACAAAGUCUGUCUGAUACAUUUUCACAACUACUGCAUACAAUACAUGUAACUAGUACACAGCCCAAAUUGUUAUGUCAAUAUCUUUUUUUUUUUUGCAUUUUUCAUUAUUUUAUGUCGUUUGCAAUCAUUCUGAGUGGUUCUGGGUUAGCUGGAGAAUCUAUAGUGCCAACACUAAAGAGCCUUCCCAAUCGUAAUAAUAUGACAUUUCAACUCUGCUAACACCUCCUCAUAUAGUCGGUGGGCUUGGCAGAGUUGAAAGAUCAUAUUGCUGGGACUUAGAAUAGGAUGAAUAAAAUAUAUAUAUAUAUAUAUAUAUAU